AUGUCUGAGCUAUUAACGGUUCAAGAGGUGGAUCCAUGGCUACAGUUUAAUCCCUACAUUGUCUCCGGCUAUCGUCCUCGCAUGACUAUUUGUGGUGCUUUGCGUUCUUUUUUUACCUGGCACAAUGAGUCGUUUAACGUCUGGACACAUGCCAUUGCUGCAUGUUUUGUGUUUUACUUGAUGCUUUUCCCACCUACCAUGGAUGCAGCGACGACGACCACCGUUGGUGCUAGCAGUGCCGAUGGCGUGGCUGCCACAAGUGUCGUCUUGCCUUUGUAUGAGCGGCGAUGGUUGGGCACGAGCAGCGAGCAUCAUAUUGGGGCAAGCUCUACCACAGCGUUUCGCAUCACCUGCCUUGUGUUUCUCGCGAUAUUCAUCUGUAGUGUGGUGUAUCACCUUUUCAUUCCCUGCUCCACCUCAGAGUUAUCAUAUCGACGCCUGCUGAACUGUGACGUGUUUGGCGUCGUCCUGUGCAUCACUGCCACCUCUUGGAGCUUUCUCUACAGAGGCAACGCGUGUAGUGCAGAGUGGACAUCUCAUGCCGGCUUGGGGGCGGUGCUCUUGUCAGGUCUGUUCGUGCUCUACUGUGUUUUAUUUAAUGCUUCCUGUGGGGCGUUGGGGCGUCUUAAGGCGAUUGGGUUUCAUUGCGCUCUUCGUCUUUCGGUUCUCCUGUGGAUCGAGUUGCCCAAGGUGCAGUCCCAGGGCUACCACCAGGCGUUUUACUAUCAUGCGAUGAGUUACAUGUUUAUCUCACUCGGUGGAGUCAUGGGUGGGUUUCGGUUUCCCGAGCGGCAGCUACGCCGCGCCACGCAGCCACUGCCGGCGUCAUCAUCUUUGCUGGCGACGGCCGUGUCACGUUUUUGGGGGUGGGUGGGGCGGUUUUUAGUGUCAAACGAGGAGCUUGACUACAUGUGGAACAGUCACACUCUUUGGCACUAUUGCAUUGUUCUGAGCGCAACGAUGAUGUUAUUUGCCUUCUACUACGAUGUGGAAGAAUUUGAGUUGGCGCGCUGCUGA